GAUUUUACAAAAUGGACACCUAGGAAUUUUGAUGACUUAAAAAAUACUCUGCAGAAUUGUAUUCCUCAUAUUCGAUUUUUUCAAAUGUUACCUGGUGAUUAUUCAAAAGUUAAAGAUCGUUUUAAGGAUAUUCUACCGGAUGGCCUUGAUAAUGAAAUCACAGAAUAUUUUUCAAAUCCUAAUUUUGAACCCUCAAUCAAUAUCUUGCCGUUAAGAAAAUAUCCAUUUGAAUCGAAUAUUAUUCAUGCCAAAGAUACAGGAUACAUAGCUAGUUGGAUCGAUAAGCGAGAAACAUUGUACCGUUUUACAAAUUUACCUUUUAAAUUCAAGCUUAUUUAUCGUGCAAGUCGUGAUGGUUUUGGAAUUGAAAAUUUCCAUAAAAAAUGUGAUGAAAAGGGACCAACAGUUGUAGUUAUUAAAGCUCACAAUUCAGAGAAAAUAAUUGGUGGAUACAAUCCCUUUAAAUGGGGUGCAGGAGUAGAAAAAGAGGGAUAUAUACUUCGAUCAAGAACUUUUCUAUUUUCUCUAAAAGAUCGAGACCAGUUAAGUCGAAUAUCUACUAAAAAAGAAGCGAUAUUUUGGUAUAAAGAGAAAGGACCAUGCUUUGGUUUACGUGAUUUGCGCAUUAUUUCAACUGGAACCGAUAUUAUUUGCAAGAGCAGAAGACACUCCUACGAGAAGAAAAUUAUCGACAAUAGAACUUUUAAAGUGGAAGAAUAUGAA